GUUCCAUUUCCUUUCAGCGUGCGCGCUCUAUCUCCCUAGCUCCCUCCCCUCCCGAGAUCUCCUCUCUUCUUCCCUCCCUCCCUCCCUUCUCUCUUGGCGACGUUUACGCUCACCAGCGCCAGGUACGCGGGUCUUUUUCGGCCGAGGUCGCUGCCGCCCCACGCCAGGUGGUCAGGUCUUCUCCGGUCCCUUCGCCGGCGACGUGCACCACCAGGCUGAGCUCCACAGUGGUUCUUGCAGAGGUUUCAGGUUUGUAACAGACUGCUGGGGUGAAUACACCUACUCAAAAAAAAAAAAAGAGAGAAAAUGGGAAAGAGACAAAGUUCUCGAUGAAUUGAAGUCCAUAUGUCAAAAACAAGAGCAAGGAGCUGUUGUACAAGGGGCUUGUGGAAGGAGCAUAUCAUAUAUUUGUAGGAGAUAACUUUGCACUUGACUCAUGGGCGAUUGGAUUAUAGGGGCGUUGAUAAACAUCGUGGGAAGUGUUGCCAUAAACUUUGGUACUAACCUUCUGAAGUUGGGCCAUGAUCAGAGAGAAAAGCUUUCCUCAAUUAACAACAGUGAGGGAAAUGAAAAAUUCGUUCCAAAAUCUGUUAUGCAUUUCCAGACUUGGAGAAUAGGUAUACUCUUUUUUGCUGCUGGGAACUGCCUCAAUUUCAUGUCAUUUGCGUAUGCUGCACAGUCACUGCUUGCAGCUCUUGGAUCAAUUCAGUUUGUUUCCAACAUUGCUUUUGCCUACUUUGUGUUGAACAAGACUAUUUCAGUGAAGUAUAGUCAUGGUAGCCACAACGUUUAUUGUCUUUGGCAACAUCUUCUUAGUAUCCUUCGGCAACCAUCAAUCGCCUGUUUACACGCCGGAGCAGCUGAUCGCAAAAUACAGCAAUUUGGUGUUUGUUCUUUAUUGCAUGUCAUUGGUCUUUGUUGUUGCGUUUAACCAUUAUCUCUACAGGAGUGGAGAAACUAUUAUUUCAAAUAGUUCAAAAGAUGCUGGCACAUAUUGGCGAACAAUGUUGCCAUUUUCAUAUGCUGUUGUAUCUGGUGCUAUUGGAUCUUGCUCAGUCUUGUUUGCAAAAUCAUUGUCUAACAUGCUGAGACUGACGAUGAGCAGCAGAUACGAGUUCCAUAGCUGGUUCACAUAUUCGAUCGUUCUCCUGUUUCUGUGUACUGCUGGAUUUUGGAUGGCAAGACUGAAUGAGGGGCUGUCAUUAUUUGAUGCAAUACUGAUUGUUCCAAUGUUUCAAAUUGCUUGGACCUUCUUCUCUAUUUGUACAGGAUUUGUUUACUUUCAAGAAUAUCAAGUAUUUGAUACGCUCAGGAUAAUUAUGUUUGUGUUAGGCAUGACAUUUGUCUUUGUUGGGAUUUCCUUGCUAGCACCCGAUGACAGUAAAGCUGAUACGAAAGAUGGUUCAAGCACCGCCGAUGACUCCAUAAUUGACAUAGACAGAAAUGGAAAGAUGCCGAUGGAGGAGACAGACACAGAUGAUAGCAUCUCCUUUGUUACUUCUGUAAAAGUAAAUGCAAAACGUGUACUUUCAAAGGCAAAGUCUGCAUGCUCCAUGUCCCUUGGCCUUGGGGAGAGCACCAUAAGCGCUUCAUCGGUGCUUGCCAUGCCGAUGGUCUCGUCAAGAACAACCGGCUUCAGAGGAAUCGGAAAUGACCGUCCAAAGUAUGUCCCUUUAAGAACCACAGAUUGGAGUAACCUAUAGCCGGUGGUAAUAUAUAGGUACACAGGAAAUGUCUUUGUUUUUGAUGUUGCCUAGCGGAUGGCAGUGAAGUUUUUUUUGUUGCUUCCAGAGGCAACUGUUUGUUGUGAUCGUAGCUAGCUAUAACACGAGUGUAUAGUUCACCGUUGUACCCUACAAAACACUGUCCAUACCUAGCUGCAUAUACACGUGUAAGUUUUAGAAUACAACUCAAAUGAUUCGAUUCGCCUCUGAAUUGCGCAACCAUUUCAGUGGUUGCAUGUUGUAACCAUCUUAUAUAGAAUUGCAAUUUCUUUUGCUGUC